AUCAUAAAAUAGUGCCUAACAUCAAAAUUAAUUAUAAUUUGCAAUCAACGCCGAUCUAAGAUGGAAAGCACGGUAAAAGCGCUAAGCGAGCACUUUCCCUGCCGUGAGAAACUAAUCCGACAGCUGUACCGCUUCUACGGAGCAGGUGACCCAUUUCCACCGGCGAUUUACCUAUUCGGACACACAUCCACUGGCAAAAGUUCAAUUCUGAGGGAGUUUCUUCCGCACCUGGGGGUCACCAAGCACGCGUUUCUUAAUGCCAUCGAGUGCUACACGAAUAAGAUACUGUUUGAAACGAUUAUCAACCGGUUGGAAGGUCACAUGCCUAGUGCGGACAAUGGAUACGCUUCUCUGGUGAGUGCAGACUGUAUGCGGGAUUUCGUCGGACAGUUGCAACGGAUGGACGCUGAAUGUGGGUACGUGAUUGUUCUGGAGAAUGCCGAACGGGUGCGGGAUAUGGAUCAUAAUGUGCUACCGAUGUUGUUACGACUGCCAGAGGUUAGCGGGUUGAACAUUUCGGUAGUGCUGGUGUCUGAUUUGCCCUUCGAGAAGUACUUUAUCAGGACGGGAUUGUCGCCGGUGAUCAAGGUGUUCGUGCCGGAAUACAGCAAAAAGGAUAUUGUAGUGAUAAUGAUGGAGGGUUUCGAGAAGGUGCGGGAGGAGUUGAGAGUGAACUUGGAGUUGAUGGUUGAUGGAUCUGCGAAACAAGCAGCGUUGUCCGAGGAAGAAAUCGAAAAGCGAGUCAAAGUACUAUUGGACCUGACGUCCGGAUUUUAUGAAAAUUACCUGAACAUCUUCCUGAACGUAUUCUUCAAGGUGUGUCGCGAUCUCAAGGAACUGCAGCUGGUAUCGUUUGAGUGUUUCCAAAAAUACUGUGAGCCUGUGCUGGAUGGAUCAAUUGCCCCGGACGAUGUAACCAAACUAUGGCGGCACAUUUCCAAAACGAUGAAGCUUUCCCUCAGUACGAUCUACAUGCGGAUGGGGAACAUCAAUAAGGAACUGCUUCGUCCAACAUCGGAAUCGGCGGAAUCACUCGAGCAGGUACAAACCAUGAAGCGGCUCGCCCAGAACCUAGAACUCCCAUUCUAUGCCAAGUACCUACUGAUAGCCGCGUACCUGGCCAGUCACAACGCAGCCAAGGAGGACAAGCGGUUGUUCAUGAAGAAUCAUGGCAAGCAGAAGAAACGCCUUCAGUCGGUCAAUGCGAAGGCGAAGGUUUCGGAGAAGAUGGCCACCCAGCUGGGACCGAAGUCAUUCACCAUCGAUCGACUGCUGGCAAUCUUCUACGCUAUUUUGGAUGAAAAGGUUGGGCUUACCUGUAAUCUGUUGGCGCAGAUAUCGACGCUAAUCCAUUUGAAGUUUUUGAUAUUUGCUUCCGGUGAGGGAACCAUCAUGGACGGGAGUGCCCGAUUACAGUGCACCAUCGGAAUGGACUUUAUCACGCACAUCGGCAAAAUGGUCGGAUUCAACGUGCGGCAGUAUUUGUGUGAUUUCUUUUAGUCUAUAUCGAUUGAAUAAAGGCGCGUGUGUGCUUUCCACUAAC